GCCCGCCCCGUGCCUCCUCCGCCUCCAGGGCGCGGGCCUUUGUGCGCGCGCCGGUGGGGUCCUGGGGCGGGGGCACCUUCAGCUCGGCCCCCAGCUCCCUCUCCUGUCCCCGAAACCGCCCCAGACGGGUGUUUGGCCGGCAGGGCCUAGCCCAGCUCGCCCACACCGCCCCGGCCCCCGGGGGCCGCGGGGCCAGCAUGGUGUCCCUCUUGGUGACAGGGUUCCUGCUGGACUUCAUCUCCUGCCCGGUCAUUAAAGGUUUCACCUCCGCUGCCGCCGUCACCAUCGGCUUCGGGCAGGUCAAGAACCUUCUGGGCCUGCAGGGCGUCCCGAGGGAGUUCUUCCUGCAGGUGUACUACACCUUCCGCAAGGUCCCGGAGACCAGGCCCGGAGACGCCGUGCUGGGGCUGGUCUGCGUGCUGCUGCUGCUGGUGCUGAAGCUGCUGCGGGACCACAUCCCCCCCGUGCACCCCGAGAUGCCCCCCGGCGUGCGGCUCAGCCGCGGCCUGGUCUGGACGGCCACCACAGGUAAGGGGCCUCCGGCCCGGCCGGUCAGCUGUGGGGCUCUGGGACGCUCAGGCUCCCCGGGGGGUCCCGCUCUGCCGGCUGGGGGCGCAGCGGGCUAGGCCAGGGCCCC